AUGCCGAAUUCGGAGAAGUUGGCCAAGAAGGCCAUGUAUUUCGACAAGCUUGUCGACCUUUGCGUGAACUCCAAAGGAGGCGCGCUCCUCGUCGGCGUGGACCACGUGCGCUCGAAGCAGAUGCAGGAAAUCCGCAUCGCGCUGCGCAGCAGAGCUGUGGUGCUCAUGGGCAAAAACACCAUGAUCCGAAAGGCCCUGCAGGUCGGGCACGAGUCGCACCCCCAGGCGGGCCUGGACAGGCUGCGGGCCGCCGUCAACGGCAACAUGGGCUUCAUCUUCGCCACGGACUGCAGCCUGGACGACGUGAGGGAGGUGGUGAGCAAGUUCAGGCAGCCGGCAGCCGCGAAGGCUGGCCAGGUAGCGCAGUGCGACCUGUCGCUGCCCGCCGGCCCCACUGGCAUGGACCCGUCGCAGACGGCCUUCUUCCAGGCCUUGAACAUCGGGACCAAGAUCGUGAAGGGACAGAUUGAGUUGAUCACCGAAACGCCUGUGCUGAAGAGGGGCGACAAGGUCUCCCCGGGGGGCGCCGUGCUGUUGGGGAAGCUCGGGGUGCAGCCGUUCGAGUAUGGCAUCGAGGUGGAGCAGGUGUACCAGGAUGACGGGACCGUCUUCUCCGCGGCGGUGUUGGAUGUCAAGCCCGAGGCGCUGGUCGCCAAGUUCCUCAGCGGCCUCGGUAACAUGGCGGCGCUCAGCCGCGAGAUCGGCAUCCCCACGGAAGCAGGCCUUCCCCACGCCUUCGGCAGCGCGUUCCGGAACGUCUGCGCACUCUGCGCGGAGACCGACUUUCUUUUCCAGGAGAUGGAGCCGGUGCGGUUGUUCUUGCAGGACCCCGAGGCGUACUCCGCGGCCCACCCGGCGUCCGCUGGAGGUGGAGGCGGCGGCGUUGCUGACGCCGCGGCGAUCCUCUCAAGGAGGAGAAGAGAGUAG